AUGUUCAAUAGUCUAUAUAAAAAUAAAAUACACAAAAAGAUUUUGGGUAUGAAGUACUUCCAAAAAGAAAGCCUGCUCACAGUUGCCAGCCGUGAUGUAUCCGUUAAUCAUUGGAGACGUUUCCCCGAAGACUUUCUCUUCGGCUGUGGAACUGCUGCCCACCAAGUUGAAGGUGCCUGGCAUCUAGACGGUAAGGGAGAAAAUAUCUGGGACCAUCUGACCCAUUUUACAAUAGGUAAGAUCAAGGAUAAAAGCAACGCUAAGAUAGCUGCUGACUCCUACCACAAUUACAUGCGUGAUGUAGAAAUCAUGAGAGAGUUAGGCCUUGAUGCCUACCGAUUUUCACUGUCCUGGGCCAGAAUCCUUCCAUCAGGCUUUAAUAAUCCUGUCAAUCCAGCAGGUAUCGCGUACUAUAACAAUUUAAUUGAUGAAAUGUUAACAUAUAACAUCACUCCUAUAAUUACUCUUUACCAUUGGGACUUACCCCAAAAGCUUCAAGACCUCGGUGGCUUCGUCAAUCCUUUGAUUGUCAACUGGUUCGAAGAUUACGCCAGAAUUGCGUUCAUGAACUUUGGAAAUAGGGUCAAACAUUGGAUAACUUUCAACGAACCUAGAGAAAUCUGUCACGAUGGUUAUGGAUCUGCAAAUAAAGCGCCACUCCUGAACUCAGCUGCUUUCGGUACCUAUUUAUGUGCUAAACACCUGCUACUUGCUCACGCUAACGCAUACCAUGCAUAUAAAAAUGACUUUCAACGGCAUCAAGGUGGCCAGUGUGGUAUCACUAUAAGUGUGCACUGGUUUGAGCCUGCUACUAAUCAAACUGAAGAUGUGUUCGCUGCUGAACUUACGCAGCAGGCUGAAUGGGGUUUAUACGCUGAACCCAUCUUCUCUGCAAAGGGUGGUUUUCCUAAAGACUUUUCCAAAAGAGUUGCUAAGAAGAGCAAGGACCAAGGAUACUCCAAAUCUCGUUUACCUGAAUUCAAUAAGCAAGAGAAGCAUUGGGUUCGUGGUUCAUAUGACUUUUUUGGUGUAAACCACUACACUGCUUGGAAGAUUUCAGCUACAGAGUACAAAUAUUAUGUUGAAGUACCUUCUAUUCGGCAUGACUUAGAUGUUGGUUUUUAUCAACCUAAAGAUUGGCCUUCUUCUGCAUCAUCUUGGCUGAAGAGAGCGCCUAACAGCCUGUUUAACGCCAUAAUGGAUCUACACAAGAGAUAUCAGAACGUGAUAUUUUACAUCACUGAGAACGGAUGGUCAACGACUGCAACCCAUGUACUGACUGAUGAUAAGAGGAUAGCCUACCACAGGGCAGCGCUUGACAAUGUGUUGGACCUUUUGGAGGCUGGAGUCAAUGUUAAAGGAUAUAUGGCAUGGAGCAUGAUAGACAGCUUCGAGUGGAUGGAAGGUUACACAGAACGCUUCGGUCUCUAUCAUGUAGACUUCAACAGUCCAGCGCGCACCCGCACGCCCAGGAAAUCAGCGUUUGUGUACAAACACAUCGUGAAGAACCGACACAUCGACCCUAACUAUGAACCUAAGACUAAGAUCAUGACCAUAGAUAAGGGAUAUUAUUUGUUAACUUAG